AUGGUGCCUAGCGGGAACUACGGGGAUCUGGCCAUCCUCUGGAUUACGCUGCUGCCAGGGCUCCUGGACUUCUGUUCCCUGGGUCGCCUCUGGCCCGCCUCCCCGGAGCUCGCGAAGCUGGGGGAGAGUCCGGAGGUGGGGGACUCCCUGCGCGCGCGGCUGCAGACCCUCCUCCGCGGCAGCAGCGGCCAACUGCAGGCUGCGGCGCGGGCGCUGGAGACCUUGCGCUGCAGAUUUCUUCUGGCGGAUGCCACCCAGGCGCCUGGCCUCUGGGACGGUGCCGUCUCGGACCUCGACCUCCAUGCAGUGGGCAACUGCCGCAAGCGCUUCCCGGAAGCGCUCCUCUUCCUUUGGCAGACCUCCUUUGCACCCGAUGCGCUCGCGAUGCUGGACCGCCCCCUGGCCAAUGUGGAAUCCUUGCCGUCGGCUCGGCUCCGGAUCGGAGCUGUUGAGCUGACCGUUCGCCUGAACCUCUUCGCCGUGUCGGAGAGUUUUUUCGAUGCGGCGCGCCCUCACAAGCGACUGCUGCUGAAGCUGGGCCUUGAAGUCCAGCGCAGCACGGCCGGCGUAGCUGGUAGCAGGCCGGAGGACUUCGAGCAGAUCUGUGGCGAGGGCCACCGGUGGGCCAUCGUCUGCCGCCAUGCCGAGAAGGAUGCCACGCUGCCCAUGUUCUGCAGCCUGCGAGAGUGUUUCUUGCGGCCGGCUUGGCGGAUCCCCUCUGUGCUGGUGCAGAAGGAGCGCCCAUUGCAGCACAGGUGUCAGGAAAUCAAUGGCGAGGAGGUGUCUCCGGACACUUUGGCCUCGCCACUCCGUCUGCUAUUGGCCAUCUACCGCGUGGAUGAUGACGAGGGCCCCGAUGAACCGAACGCUGGUGAAGCGUGA